GCACGUGACGGUCAGCUGACUCCACCCGGAAAACAACAAAGCUGAUUUUCGUACAGUAAAUUUGAUUUUUCCUUUCCUUAUCAUUUUUUAACGAUGGAGUCGACUCUUGAACAACAUCUUGACGACACCAUGAAGAAACCAGCAGUUGUCGGGGUGCUCUGCACGGAUCAACAGGGACACAAUCUGGGCUGCCGCGGGUCAUUGACUGAUGAACACGGUGGAGUUGUGUCAGUUUUGGCCAAACAAGCUGCAGCUCUCGUCAAAGACCCAACAGACACUCCGACAGUGUGCCUGGAGUCCGAGUCAGGAAAUAUUCUGGUGAGGAGCCAUGGGACCAUCACAGUAGCAGUGCACAAGAUUGCAUCAUGAGGACAACGCGACUCCAGAGGAAUUUUAUAUUUAAGAAAUGUACAUCUGAAAACAUGACAUAGUUCACACAAUCGAAAGAAAGAAAGAAAGAAAGAAAGAAAGAAAGAAAGAAAGAAAGAAAGAAAGAAAGAAAGAAAGAAAGAAAGAAAGAAAGAAAGAAAAAGAAAGAGAGUUUUUUUUGAUUUGCUGUGUUUUCUGUAAAUAUAAAUUCCAUAUUUAGGCUAGGCCAGAUGACUCUUGUUAACUGUAUAGAACAACAGCCUCUGUUAUGUGUGUGUGUGUGUGUGUGUGUGUGUGUGUGUGUGUGUGUGUGUGUGUGUGUCCCCUUUUUUCCACAUCAUUGUUCUGAAAUCACUAAAUAACAACCUUUAAUAAACUUUAACUUGACUUUGAGCCACCCUC